GUUAUCAAUUUAUACAUGUAUUUUUAAUAAAUUCUGCUAUUAAUAUAAUAAAAUGAGUUAUCACACAGAGGAGGAUGAUGAGACGGAUAAAGACACUGGGAUGUUAUUAAAUUUAAGUCAAAAGUCAGGAAUUUUUGUGGCUGAUCAAACUCCUACACCCACAAGACUCAUAAAAAACUGUGAAGAAGUGGGCCUCUUCGAUGAUUUACGAAAUGUUAAUCCUUUCGAUGAAACCUUUCGCAGAGCCUGCGAACAAAAUGUCCAACAUACACCCAGUAGUCAUCAACAAUUUCACAAUGAUGAAAAUUCUUUGCACACACCACAAGUGUUUCCACAAUUCGAUACGGCCGUAGAGGGUGGCAUUGUAGCCGGUGAGGAUUUGACCAAACAAACCCUAGAUACUCCAGUUGUUUUAGAUGUGGAAAAUAUAUUGGAUGUGCCGCAAGCUAGUGAAAAACCGAAAAGUGCUGAGUCUUAUACCACCAAAUAUAGAGCUAUAGCAGAAAAGCCCGCAGCAAAUACUGUCCCACAGACGCAUACAGGCAUCACAUUUAUACCCUCUUCCCUACAGUUUUUACAACCACAAGUUAUAACAGUAACAUUUCCCAAUCCCACUACAGACUCUCUCAAUAAUACUGCCACUCAACUACAACAACACCACGCAAUACAAACCAAAAAAUCGGUAACAAAAACUAAACCACUUCUAUUGCCCAAACUAUCAACAACUAACAUUACACCUACCAAAGAGAAGACAACUACAAACACUUCGGGCUGUUCUUCGGCCACAUCAACACUUUCUACACCACACUCCGAGCCCAGCAGUGCCAGUCUAACACCCACAUCACAAUUGCCCAUUAAAGAGCGCCUAAAAGCCAUUUUAAAUCAAUCCAGUAAAACACGGCCCGCCGACUGGUCCGACAAAUCGUGUAGCUCCAAAAUCGUUAACAGAAGUGCUAAAACUAAUGCACACAAGUCUACAAAAGACGAUACUAUGGAACGUAGACGAGCAGCUUCAACACGCUAUCGCCAUAAAAUGCGUAACGAGUAUAAAGACUUGCGUAAGAGAAAUACCGAAUUACAUGCUGAAAAUGACAAAUUAAAAGAUAGAAUCAAACAAUUGGAAGUGGAAAAUUCCAGAUUAAAAUCCGCCUCUUUGCAGCCUGUAUUAGCUUCUUCUAAUUUACCUGCCCUAGGCGUUCCAGCUCAAAUACAAAUACCUGCAUCUACCAUACAUUUAGUUAUGAAUAUUCCCAAAUUAGUGGUGCCUUGUGGUACUAGCGAUUUAAAUAAUUCGGCAAUGCUGAAAGGUCCUUUAAGAACAGUGGUGGGCGAUAUCCAUUUAAAAACACUUGUGGCCAUUAUUAUAUUGCUUAAUAUUCUGGGUCAAUGCGAAAUGUCAAUUUAUCCAGGUCUUCGUCGUAGACCUCUUCAACAGGCAACCGGCUCAUUUGAAGUCAAUUCGGACUUUCUAACUCAACUAAUGGAAGAAAAUGCCCGCAGGCGUUUACAGCAUCAGUUCGAACAGCAUUUGGAAUUAAUAAAUAUGCAACUGAUGCGUCAACGGCAGCGAGAAGAACGUUUGCGUGAACGUUAUCGUCACGAUCAAUUGGCAGCCAUGGCGGCUGAAAAUGAAGAAUACGAGUACAUGCAGAAGUUCAAGGAGCAACAUGAAAACAAUAUUAAUAACAAUGUACAACAAUAUGACCAAUACGAUAAUACAAAUGUAGAUUUCAGCUAUAAAUAUCCCACAAUUAAUAGUUUGGAAAAUCAAAGGGGAAGAAUAAAGUUUGCUGUACCACCCACCGAUCCCCGUUACUAUGAGGUGGACGAUGUCAGAACAGAAGAUGUGGAGGAGAGUGAUAACAACGAAGAUAAUGUGAUUAGAGAAAAUGAUGAUGUCGAUGAGGAGGCAGAUAUAGAGGGUGUGGAGGUAGAUAAGGAAGAAGAUUUAGAUUCUCGUGUUCUAGAAGAAUAUGAGGAAUACAAACCUAACAAGGAUGAUGAUAAUAAAGAAGCUAAGAGCACAAUGGGAUCUACUAUGAUAUUGUCGCCAGCUCAAGCUGGUGUCGUGAGCUCUAGUGGUGCAAAUACCAAUUUCCAUAGAAUUAAACCUCAAACAGCGGCAGCUGCAGCUGCUGCCGGUGUAAAUAGCCUAAAUGUACAGCAAAUGCAAAAUGGAGUAGCACCUGCACGUCAGGAAAUUACCACCCUAAUUGAUAAGCUGAAUCCAAAAGUGGAACAAAAUCCACAGACAGAUAUAAACGAUGGUCACAUGGUGUUAAGGGAACAUUUGGGCAUGAAGGGGGAAAUGGGCAUGUAUGUGGUGGCCUUAAUAGCUGGUGUUAGUGCUGCUGCUACGGUGGGCUUAUUCGUUUUGGGAAUAGCCUGGUACACAUUCCAUAAUAAAAGUAAAGCAGCGGCCGAUGUAGAGUAUCCCGCCUAUGGUGUGACGGGUCCCAACAAAGAUAUAUCUCCUUCGGGUGAUCGUAAAUUGGCUCAAAGUGCUCAAAUGUAUCAUUAUCAACAUCAGAAACAACAAAUCAUUGCUAUGGAAAAUCGCCAAAACAAUGAAGAGAACUGCGAAAUGUCCUAUGUGGAAAGUGAUGACGAUAAUGAGGAGGGAGAUUAUACUGUAUACGAGUGUCCUGGUCUAGCUCCGACUGGCGAGAUGGAGGUUAAGAAUCCUUUAUUCUUGGAUGAUACACCCGUUACACCAGCCUUAGGUAAUCAUCCCAUAACACAGGUUUCAGCCCAACAGCCUACGGUUAAAAAGUUAUUCGAGAAGACACACAGUACCACAAAUACUACGUUGCCAACUAACACAACAUUAGCAGCAGCCGCCGCCUCAGCAGCGUCUUCCGAGGAUAAGAAGCAAAAGAAAAGUAAGAAGUAAACAUACAGUUUUUUUUAUCGCAAAACAACAAUUUUUCUUCUACAACUUCUGGUACAAACCAAUUUUGAACUUACUACAGGUUUGAUAAACAUAAAAAUCCCUCAAAACUUUUCUUUUAUAGCCCAU